AUGCUGGCGCCGCCCUGGAUCUCCGAACCGGGCUGGGGGACAAUCUUGACUUUGGACUGGAGUGGCGGUUCCGACAUCCCCUGGUCUGCACUGACCCCUCCUGAGUGUCCUGUGCAUUGUGGACGCGGUGCAGCAGCGCAGCAUAGGACUGUGCUCCAUGGGUCCUCUGGAAGGCCUGAAAUAAG